GUUCGUUGGGCCCCUUCCUGGGGAAGCUCACCACUCUACUCGCCGAUGAGUGCGGCCGCCUGAAAGGCGUUCGCUGUGAGAUCCGUUCACUCCGAGCUGAGCUCACGGGCAUGCAUGGUGCCCUAAAGAAGUAUAGCAAGCUAGAGGAUCCUGAUGACCAGGUGAAAGCAUGGAUAUCGUUGGUGAGGGAGUUGGCGUACGAUACCGAGGACUGCUUUGACAAGUUCAUUCACCACCUCGGCAAUGGCAGCAAGGGCAGUGGCUUCAAGUAGUUCUUCUGCAAGACAGCUCGCCGUCUAAAGAUGCUUAGAGCUCGGCAUGGAAUCGCCAACCAAAUCGACGACCUCAAGGCUCGUAUCAAGGAAGUGAAAGAUCUUAAGUCUAGUUACAAGCUGGAUGAUAUUGCUUGCAGCUCCUCUGGCCAAACAUCCGUGGAUCCCCGACUGUCUGCUCUAUUUGCCGAGGAGGCACACCUUGUUGGAGUUGACGGUCCAAGAGAUGAUCUUGCCAAGUGGAUUCUUGAAGAAGAAAACAAGCAUCAUCGACGGGUGUUGUCUAUUGUUGGGUUUGGUGGAUUGGGAAAGACGACAUUGGCGAAUGAAAUCUAUCGUAAGAUUCAAGGACAUUUUCAUUGUCAUGCCUUUGUGUCAGUCUCGCAAAAGCCAGACACGACGAAAAUUAUCAAGGAUGUCAUCUCCCAACUGUCCUCCAAGGAUGAAUUUACUAAAGAUUUGGAGAUUUGGGAUGAAAAGAAAUCCAUUGCAAAGCUAAGAGAACUACUACAAGAAAAGCGGUAUCUUGUCAUUAUUGAUGACAUAUGGUCUACAUUAGCAUGGAACGCUAUUAAGUGUGCUUUUCCAGAGAACCAUUUGUCUAGCAGAAUUAUUGCUACCACACGCAUAUUUGAAGUAGCAAGCUCUUGUUGUCCAUGUCCUGAUGACCAGAUAUAUGAAAUGAAACCUCUAAGUAAUUCUCACUCUGAAAAACUGUUUUUCAAAAGAAUUUUUGGCUCAGAGGACUGCUGUCCUGAUAUGUUGAAAGAAGUUUCUAAUGAUAUCUUGAAAAAGUGUGGUGGCCUACCAUUGGCAAUCAUCAGUAUAUCUGGUUUACUGGCAAACAAAACACGUGUGAAAGAAGAUUGGGAGAAGGUCAAAAGAUCAAUUGGUUAUGACUUGAACAAAAGCCAAAGUCUAGAGGGAAUGAAAAGCAUACUAUCCCUGAGCUACAAUGAUCUUCCACCUAAUCUCAAGACUUGCUUGUUGUAUUUAAGUAAUUUUCCUGAGGAUUAUGUGGUUGAGAGAGAAAGGCUAGUAUGGCGAUGGAUAGCAGAGGGAUUUAUUUCUGAAGAACGUGGGCAGUGUUGUCAAGAUGUUGCAGAGAAUUACUUUUAUGAGCUUAUCAACAAAAGCAUGGUCCAACCAGUGGACAUUGGCUAUGAUGGUAAGGCACGUUCCUGUCGAGUUCAUGACAUGAUGCUUGAACUUAUCAUUUCGAAGUCCAUUGAAGAGAAUUUCAUCACGGUGGUAAGCGGCAAUCAAACUGUUUGGGAACAGUCUCAAUGCUUCAUUCGGCGACUAUCUAUCCAACACAUUAACCAGCAGCUUGCAUCUGAAUUGGCGAAGAAAGAUCUAAGCCAUGUUCGAUCUCUGACAGUAACAUCAUCAAGUUGCAUCAAAUACUUGCCUAGUCUUGUUGACUUUGAGGCUUUAUGUGUAUUGGAUUUUGAAGGUUGCGAUGGUCUUGAGGAGUAUGAUAUGAAUAGUAUGGACAAACUAUUCCAACUGCGGUACUUGAGUUUUAGGGACACGGACAUAUCAAAGGUACCUUCACGAAUUGUGAUGCUACGUUGCCUAGAGACACUAGAUCUUAGGGAUACAUUCAUUAACGAGUUGCCAGCUGGAAUUGUUGAGCUCAUUAAACUACAACGUCUACUCAUCGAAAAUUUCGAUGGACCGGAGAAAACAGAGCUACCAAUUGGGAUUGGGAACAUGACAAACGUACGGGAGUUCUCAGGCUUCAAUAUUACCAUGAGUUCAGUAUGUGCAUUGGAGGAGCUAGGUAGUCUGAUCAAUUUGAAUGUACUGCAUGUACGGUACACAUGUAACAGUGAAGAAUCUCACAAGUACAAGAGACAUGCAGAGAUGUUACUCUCCUCACUAUGCAAGCUUGGCAGCUACAAACUCCAGUCCCUUUGUAUAAAUGGUGGUAAUUUGACUCUGUUUGAGUUAUUAAAUUCUUGGUCUCCUCUGCCAUCUUGCCUCCAAAGAUUUGAGAUGAUUGCUGACUACUCUUUAUCCAAACUUCCGAAGUGGAUUUCACCAGCACUCACUAGUCUUGCAUACCUAGACAUUAAUUUAACUGAAGUAACAAAGCGGGAUCUUCACAUACUUGGGAAGCUGCCUGCAUUACUAUCUCUAACUCUUAGUACCGACAAGGUUCAAGAAGACAGGAUUCUUGUGCAAGGCAGAGGAUUCCAAUGUUUGAAGGAGUUUUCUUACAGAACUUUUGGUGGAGGUGCAGGGACCUUUCUGUUUGAGGAAGCGGUAUUACCAAAGCUCGAGAGGCUUGAGUUGUGGUUCUGUGUAUCAAGGGCAAAAGUCUAUCAGUUCUACUUAGGUAUUGAGCAUCUACGAUGUCUGAAGGAUGCAAUUGUUGUUCUUGACAAGGGUGCCACAUCUUCCGAAUGCAAGGCUGCUGCACUUGCCAUAAGGAAUGAAGCAAGUCGCCAUCCCAACCAUCUCAGGGUAACUCUCUAUGUGGAGACAUUGGAGGGAGGUUUGAAAGUGGAGCAUUGGGACGAAGAAAGUUGAAGUAUUACAAUGCAAGAGAACCUUUCUGACGGUCUUAUGGUCUCUCCCUUUCUCCCUAAAAGUGGCCCACAACGAGUGGUCUUAGUUGUAUGAACUUGGCAUCAGAAUGUCUCCAUCUAUUUACUAUAAUUUGUGAAGAAUUGUAUCAUGAUGCUCGCCCUCUGCGUGGACUGGAGCUUCGUGCUUAUGUACUUGAUUGUAACUUAAAUAAGCAGACAAUAUGCUUGUUCAGUACUUCAGUCAUAGUCAUGAGUGAGUACGAUUUAAUUACCUGCUUUUUAUUUGCAAA